AUGGCCGCGGCAACAGCACCAACGGCGCCGACUGUGGCAGCGCCAACAGCACCCGCAGCUGCACCAGCAGCACCAACACCACAGCUGACCGCUUACCAUGAAUUUUUCGGCAACACCACUUUGGACCCCCAUCAACAAGACUACCAAGCGCUCAUGCGAGCCUACAGAGUUUACAACAGCGCCGAACUGUCUACCUCCGCUUAUCCCAUGGCCUACCUGUCGCUCAUCAAUGACAAUGGGAAUUUAUUCUAUCUAUUGGUCCAUGCACCAGCCUUCUACAAGUCCACUGCCUGGGAAUUUCCACAGGACGCCUUUAUGUCGCCAGGAACUGGAACAGAGGAAAACGUCCCAAAGGAUCUGGAGCGAGCUCUGGACAUUCUCCAGCUCAAUCCGGACGACUCCUCUAUUGGACCGUUCCAGGACACGGAUGCCAACAUCAAACAAGCGAAGACCCGUCACUACAUCCCUCUGCCACACCGCUAUGUGCAUCUGGUUCUGGGACGCCAAGUUCCAGUUCGAAAGGGUUUCAUCGACUUGGCAGCAGCCAUCAAAAACACUGGAGACGAAAUUGAGUGCCCCGAGCUCACCGAUUGGCUACUACUGUCACUGGUUAGAGCAGGAGCGGGCGCUCCACCAACUCUUGCAACAACAUUGCCUGAUAGACCUUUUGAUGAUGCAGCGCUCAAGGUGCAACGCCGAGAGCUGUUGGAACAGCAUCUUCCGGGCCUGAAGGAAGCUUCACUUCUGUCCAUGCUAGGAAUUCAGCAGAGCCUGGCGCAAUCAGUCAACGAACUGGUCCGAACCCAAAAGGACGCCCAGACCGAAACGACAGCACGAGACGCCAAGGCCAAGGUCCCCAGGAGUGUGGACGAAUUCUUUGGUCCCAUGCUCCACAAGCUCCUCAGCGUUCUCCACGUCCAAGACACUAGCCAGUGCCCACCUGUCUGGUCCGAAUGGGCUUCUCAGCCCAAGAAAGCCGACCUCGACGUUUUGGAAACCGCCCUCAGGUCCCAAGCGAGCAGCGAAGCGACAGGGGGAUUCGGAACUGUACCCAUUGUCACUCCGGACUUGGUGAAGAAAGUGAAGGCGGUGAAACUCGGUGGCAACGACACUGACGACCUUGAAGAAGGAAUUCACCCUUUCUCUAUUGUCCUGCCGUCCUAUGGAGGCUCCGAUGUGGGAGUGACCAAGGCGGCCCGAGAAAGGGCAGCAGCUUACGCGGAAGUCCACGGGGGAUCAGGGGCCUCUCUACAAGACGCCAUCGCCUUGAGAAAGCCUACUGUCCACAUCCCGGACACCUUCUCCAAGGCACGAAGUCAUCUUAUGGGCCUACUAACCUUGUGGCAAGUCCUGCUGCCAUUCAGCCAUCCUUUCCUACGAGCGUACGGAAUGUUCCUACAGCAAUACGUGCGAGAUGAAGCCAACUUCACUGCCCUACUCGACAAGUUGCCACGACCAGAGCCAAAGCCGGCUCUUUUCUUGAGGGCAGUACAAGUCCGCAUGGUUAACUACUGGCAGUCAGUGGAGAGCUCUAUGUCCUAUCAGCCGGAUCCGCCCAACUUUGUUGACAUCCUGGUACAGAUCCGACAGCGCUCCGACAGCUGGAUUGCUGCGCUUCCUGCCAACUACUGGAGCGAACCAGCGGCCCAAUUACCUACAGCUCCAUGGAACGGGGGAUACCUGCCCUACAUGAUGCCCCCAGGCAUGGUCCCAAUGUCUUCUGACAGCUCCGGUGCUUCCAGUCUCACACCUCAUUCCUUGGGGUAUCCUCCAUUCUUCAAUGGUUUCUUUCCACCACAGGGUGGAGGAAUUAAGCCAGGCGAGGAUGACCAAAAAUCCAAAGGAAAGAACAGCCUCCAAGUGAAGAACUCCACACAUGUUCCAGAGCUCAUCCAGUUCCGGAAAUUGGCCCUUGCCACCGCUUUUCCAAAGGCCGAGCAGAAAGCUGGAUCUCCGCCGCCUGAGAUCACCCACAAUGGCACCAAGGUGCAAAUGUGUGUUGGUUAUCACGUCAAGGGAAAAUGCUGGGAAAAGUGUCCUUGA